ACUUCAGUUGUUCUCGCUGCAUGGAUGGAAGUGAAAUAACGGACUAGUGACAAAAGUGUUUUAUAAAUGAAAGAUUUAGACGUCCUGGUACCCAAAAAUAUCGAAUAGGACUUGCAGCUUGAUCCAGAAAGAAAAAUAACGUCAACCGUUCAACAUGGCACCAACCAGGACAGUGAACACUCAAGGUAAACAAAAUGGCAAUGGGGUACCAGUGCGGAAAGGAGUUACAACUCGCAAUUCAGCAAUCAGCAGCCAGUUAUCAAAACAGCCACUAGUACUUAAGGAAACCAGAAUCAAAAGAAAAGCCGAAGCCUCUCCUCCCAAAGAAAGAACUACAAAACGAUCAGCCUUAGGGAACAUUACCAAUGCAAUUGGAAAAUCCUUUGCACACGUAAAUGAACCAAAGAAACUUGUAAAAAGGCCCAUCCUUCUCACACAAGUAAAGCCAGUAAUCCCCGCACAAACAAAGCCAAUCUCUCUGCGAUCGCUAGACAAACUUGUCGUUAAAACUGACAAUGUAUUACCUGCAAAAUCAAAACUCCCACCACGAGCAGCUAAACCAGUCAAAAAGGAGGAAGAAAAGGUCGAAGAAUCUAAAAUUGUUGCCCUGAGACGCAGUUUAGACUUGGAAAGAUCUGACGAUAAUUCUUUAUAUGUCAGUGCGCUCGAAGAAGUAGCCGAGGAAAGUGUCAAAGUUUCGACGAGAAGCAGCAGCAAAACAGCAGGCAAAGCAAUAAAGGAAGUAAUAGUUGAAGAUACCUCAGUGCCUAAAACUCCAGAGAAAAUCUCACGACUCAAGCAAGAACCAGACAGGAAACUUCCGGAAGGCGUUGAAUGGGAUUUCGAUGGGGAAAAUUGGCAAGAUCCGUACCAAGUUUCUCAUUAUGCAAUGGAUAUAUUCAACUACCUGAAGGAAAGGGAAGAAGCUUUUCCAAUCGGAGACUACAUGGAGAAACAAGUGUGUCUAUCUAGAUGGAUGAGAUCGCUCUUAGUCGACUGGAUGGUUGAGGUACAGGAGUCCUUUGAACUCAAUCACGAAACUUUGUACUUGGCUGUGAAAUUAGUUGAUCUUUACUUAACGAAAGUAACAGUGGGCAAGGAAGCUUUGCAACUUUUAGGGACUGCGAGUCUAUUCAUAGCGAGUAAAUUUGACGAAAGAAUACCUCCAAUGGUGGAAGAUUUUCUGUAUAUAUGUGACGGUGCUUACCAAACGCGAGAACUUCUUAGGAUGGAAAUGAACAUUUUGAAAAUUGUAGACUUUGACCUUGGUAUUCCCCUUUCCUACCGAUUUCUACGUAGAUACGCUAGGUGCGCGAAGGUAUCAAUGCCAACGUUGACAUUGGCCCGUUAUAUUUUGGAGUACUCGUUGAUGGAUUACGCGACGAUUGGGUUUAGCGAUAGCAAAAUGGCCGCAGUGUCACUCUUUCUCGCUCUUCAAAUGAAAGACUUGGGUAGCUGGAACCCAACUCUCGAAUACUACACAGGUUACUCGAUCGCCGAGUUAAAGGACAUUGUCGUCAUCGUGAACGAAGGCCUGCAUCGGAAACACAAGGAAGCCCUCGCUACGAUCAGGAAUAAGUAUAGCCAUAAGAUUUUCUUUGAAGUAGCAAAGGUGCCAUUGAAGGAGGACUUAGAUUUAUAACUAGAAUAGAGUAAGUAUUACGAAUGUAGACGAAAUGCGGGACUGAUCAUAUUGAUCGGUUAAGCUUGCUCAUUAAAUAUAAAUCACGAUCCACGAUGAUCUAAGGAUGAGCGACUGGGACGAAUUAUCUACCGAUGAGUGCAAACUCUAUGAUGUGAUAAACGACUGACGCAAAUGGGAAUGUAAAUUUUAAACGAAUAUCGAAACGCAAAUCUCUAGAGAAUGAUAUGACUGAAGCUUAGUCUCAGCUUUGUGCGUAGAUGAAAAAUACGGUCGGCAAGGACGAAGCGAUCUUUAUUUUUACUAUUUAUAAACACCUUAACCUCAUCUUCUGCAGUCUCAGUAUUUUUAAGCGAUUUUGAUUUUUGUUACGAAAAAAUUUAUUUUAGCGCCACGCUUUUGUACUCGGAAUCCUUAAUAGAAACUUUUUUUUUACUUGAUCCUUUUAAAGAUUCGUUAACGUCCUUUGUCCAUUCGCGAGUUUACUUGAAGAUUAUAAGAAAAGAGAAAAAAAUAUAGCUUUAUUUCUAGAAUGAAAUCGAUGAUAAAUUGAGAGUAAAUCGAACGAAAACGUGAAUUGUAGAGUACAAUUUAAUGUUUUACAUUACGAGUGUGGCGCAUUGUUAUGCAUUUUUGUUGCACUUUAUACAGACUGAUGACAAUGGAAAGCAUUAUAAGUCACGAGCACGGGGUUCAUUUCAUACAUGUAAGAUCUUAAGGAAUGUCAUGCAAAUUUACAAACAACAAUUCGAACUGUAACUUGAUAGAAAGCGAGGUCCAGUGCCAGAUGAGGUCGUAUCCACGCUACAAUGUAUUCAUACUUUUGAUGAAAUAGAUUGAUACUUGACUGCAGAUGCUCGUGAUAGGAUUUCAAUCUCCCUUCUUUCGAAGAUUUCGAUUCUUCGAUUUUGAUAUUUCGGUCAGUUUACGUUUAUUCCAGUCUAAAUUUUAGGCACGUUAUGUUUUGACAAUCAUGAACAUGAUUCAGUGAAAGAAAUCAAUAAUCACUUUGAUCUUAAAGUCAGUUUCAAUCGUUGACUGAUUGAACAUAUUUAAGUUGAAAUGUGACUACUCUGAUAAAGGAGGAGUAACUCGGGGAGUAAAACAGCUGGUUGGAUUCUGAAAGUAAUUCAGUAUAAAGUAUAAAUAUUUUUGAUAUGAAUCAUUUUAACAUUGAAUUGCAAAGAAAUUCAACUAGCAGAGUGAGCAUAGCUUCGAAAUUAUUUCAGAGUUGUACGUACAAAUUAAAUCUGUGACUACAUGUAUAUAAAUCCUUGCAUAUGAAAUUGAUGAACGAAAAAAUAUGAACAUGGAGAAAGUGCAUAGCUUCUUUGCUAAAAUCAUGUGGUGUAUAUAUUUACAAUGUUAUUAUAGUGUACUUUUUUUUAGCGACAAUGAAUGUAUUAUCUAGUAUUUUAUAGUGUGUGUAUAUGUGGUCAAUUAUAGACAUGAUUUAGAUAAUAAAUCAUAAAACUUAA